AUGAAAUUCCUGUUCACCCUCGCCCUUUUCGCCAUCUCGGCUCUUGCCCAGCGCGCUCAAAUCGGACUUCCAGCCGAGGGCCAAAAGAUCAAUGCCGGAGAGGACCUUGUCGUACAGGUCCAACGUCCCAACUCACUCAGCGGCUCCACCGAGAUCGGAGUAGUGAUCGGCUUUACCUCAUGUGAAUCCGGCCCUUGCCGCGCCGCAGACGAGGUUCUGGGAACAAUCCUAUACAACGGCCCAUUCAAGCCUGUUUACCACGAGUCCAGCUUGCCUCCAUACCAGAACUUCAGCGUCACCGUGCCUUCAUCCGCCACCAAGGGCCAGGGACAAAUCAAUGUCGCUCAUGCCACUUUGAUCGGUGCUGGUCCUUCAGCCUUCCUAGAAUCCUUCAACCAGACUGUCAUCGUCGCUUAA